AUGCAUCUGAACAACCUGAAUGAGCACCUGGAUGGCAUUGAAGAUGGCAUUUGGUUGAGUUCAUCAGGUGUCGCAAGCAUCGCGCUGGAGGAGCCUUGCUGUCAGGUCGCCAUCAAGUGCAUGGAUCGCCAGCCGCGGGCCGUUCUGCAUCGCAUCCUGUCUAUGGACGAGGACCUCUCAAACUCGACGAUGAUGGAGAUCUCGACGCGCUUGCUGAGAACGCAGGAGUUCGGGGGGGUGGGGGGGGGGGGCAGCCCGGACGACUUCUAUGCCAACGCGGCGGACGACGAGGAGACCGAGAACCAGGAAGGCGAGAAGACUGCCUCCGACCUCGGUGCCUCCGGCGACGACGAGGUCUAUGAAGCCUACGCCUCGUACAAGGAGUCCGGGAAGAAGCUGAAGGAUAUCCAAAAGAGCCGAGCACAGGAUUCCACUGGUUUCGGUAGUGCAGCUCUCGCCCAGUCGCUCUGUGCUCCGGAGAGCAUGCAAACGUCGUGCUUAUGCCCCGUUCGCAUCGGAGCAGAUGCCAAAGCGCGCUCUUUCCUGGGUCCCGUCGUCGCUCCGAUGUGCAUGUCAAACACGCUCUCGCCUUGGUCUUGUGAGUAUACUCGUCGUGCCCUGCAAUGCUCUGGGCGGAUGAAGCAGUUCAUGGUGCACUACGCGCUGCCACUCUUCCAGGAGACGGAGGAGGAGCGCUAUCUGCUGGAGUGGCGGCUGAGCGGCGACGCGGUGGAGAUGCACUCCUCGCGGGGCCGCCGGGGCUCGGGAAAGAAGGUCUCCUGCUGGAAACGAUCCCGAGCUCGGCUCCUCCGCUUCGGCGGCUUCUUCCAGCGCCGCAUCGUGCGACAGGCUUUGGACGAGUUUGCGAUGCUUUGGCUCGAAAUCUUCGACCAGAGCAUGCUGCCCAAGAGCUCCAUCGAGGUCCUGUGCGCUUUGACUGCGGCCAACGUGCGCGUGCCUUUCAAGAUGCAGAAGAAGGACAUUCCCCAGCGGUGGGAGGAAGAGGUCCGGCGAUUGCUCGAGGAUGGCGCCGAGGUGACUCACAGUUUCUCUCCGGAUGCCCUUAUGAGCGCCACGCAGCGCUUGGGAUCGCUACCUGCAGACGCAGCCGUGGGACUGGUGGACGCCGUUUGCCAGGUUCUGCGAGAGGUCGAGAGAAAGGCGCCCCUGGAAGUCGAGAAGGACGUGAGCCGUGCGACCUUUGAGUCGGCGUUCGGGAGCCCCGACGCCCCCGAGGUUAUGGCCGGUGGCUCGCAAUCUACGUCAGCCGUCUCUGCCAAGGACCUCCACGCUGCGGACGGCGACAGCGACGUGGCGAUGGACGUGGAGGCGCUUGGUCUCUUCACUUCGUCUGGCUGA